CAAUGUCGAUUGCGAGCAAUUAAUCGGAAUAAAACGGUCUUUAACUUAAAUAUGACAGCAUUUCAACCAGUUACAAAUUGUUGGAUUGAAUUUCAAAUGUUCAAAAGAGAAAAUGGUUACAAGCCAUGGCUAAUGAAGUCAUCUUGGGAUGCAUGUCGAUUUUUGAAGAAAGCAUAUAAUCCGUUUGCAAUUAUUAUUUAUCGCCAGUUCAAGGAUUUCUCAAACUUGAAUCAUUCGUGCCCCUAUGUGGGUGAUGUAAUACUUGAAGGCUUUUACCUUCAGCCUGAAUUAUUGGGGCUCGUUUUACCAACUGGGGAUUAUCUAGCUACAACAACUUGGUUUAUUGAUAAAAAGAAACUGCUUAUGAUUAACGGAUAUUUUAAAUUUACAGAAGAUUUGUUAUAACUU